GUACUUUCGGCGUCCUGAAUACCUGAAUGGCCUGAAUGGCUAUCUCCCACCACUGAGGGCAUGUGCCACAAGUGAGAGGUUGGCAUAUUUUAUUCUCGGAAAGAUUAACUAAGGAAGAAGCAACAAUUCAGACGUAGUACAGACACGCCACUAGCGCCGGCGCAUUUCAGAACUAACGCUGGGGACAUGUCCCCACUAAAGUCGGCACAUAAGAUUCAGCGGAUGUUCACACGUCGGAUCGUGAAUUUUUUUUAAUAAUUUUUUGUAUCGUUCCCUAGUACACAUACAUUUUCAUCUCGCGUUCGUAGAGUUGCGUUUUCUUUCGUUCUUCCUUUCAUCGUUGAGAAUUUAUUCAUUGCGACGAUUAGUGAUGCGAGGCAACGAAGUGAAUCUGUAUAUACGAAUCAUUUCGUCAUGAAAUAUUUCUUCACGCAAUUUACCGCUACUGAAGUGCCAUUCGGUCCGGUAACGGGAAUUUUAAUGGGUUUACCGAUCUUUGAAGCCGGCGAACAUUUACGAAAUAUCGACAAGAAAAUUGCCGUCUGCCUACCUGUACAGGUGUCAAUGGACGACCAACUGCCGAAAAUAGUGUGUGCCACAUGUGCUUAUAAGCUAGACCAAAUGUUUGAUUUUCGUGAAAAAUGUUUGCACACAGAAAGUCUAUUUAUGGAAAUGUUGAAGGAAAUAAAAGGUGAGGAUGGCUGCUUAAGAAGUACGCUAGGGAAUGUUCAGGAAAUUCCUGUUAUACAAAACAGUAUAGAAAGGAUUCAUGGAAACAUGGAGAGUGUACAAAGAUGCAUAGAAAGCAUACAAAAUGGGGAUUGCGUAUCGAACGGGGACCCAAAUGAAACCAGUGUUCACACUAUGCAAGUUAUGGAUGAAAUGGAUCUGGCAGGUGAUGAACAAGUCGUUAGCCAAGAGGAAAUAGGAUCUCAGGAAAAUGACAUUGAAGUAGCCGGGAUGCAUUGUCUGGAUGGUGAAACUGUAAGAAUGGUCGAUGAGCAUAUACGUGAGGUAUCGAAUCACGGGAUUGCUAUGCAUCUGGAAGGAGACAUAACCGUCGUAGGAGAUCUCACAGUUGACGGCCACCUUAGUCAACUCGGUAUAAAUUAUGUGACAACGAUAGCCACAGAAAAUUCCAGUCAGGAACAAAUAGUCCAUUAUUGCGAUAAUGUUAAGUACGAAACGGUCGAUGUUAAAGAGAAUUAUCCGAGGCUACAGGAGAGAUUAACCGUCGAAGUUGCAACGCAACCAAUCAAAAAUAACGUUGUGACUGACGAUUAUUCUUCGUCACAUCCGGAAGCAGAAAACGAAUUGAAAAAAAGAAUCAUUAUUAAGGGUGAUCGAUCUUCGACAUUAGAACCGUUGCAUGGCGAGAGUAUACCGUCAACGAGUCACGUAACGAACAAAGAAACGGAGAUAAUAGUGGAAUACACGAAGCGUACGAAAGAGUCAUUAUUAGAGAAUAUACUAAAUAAUCCGACGUUGGACGAGACGGGAUCAAGUUGGUACGUUUGUCCAUUUUGUAACGAGGCAGCGACGGAGCCGAGUAGUUUAGUGGCCCAUUUUGAGCAGCAUUUUUGUUGCUGCAAUUGCGGUUUGUACUUUACGAGUGUCGAAGGUUUGAAUCUGCAUGGUGAACAGUGUGAUUUUAAUAAGAGAGAAGAAUUGGACAUAGUGGAGGAAGAGGAGGCGAACGGGGAAGAAGACGAAGAAAUAAGUGAAAACAAAAAUUUAGAAACGAAAAUAGCAAAUUCGGCGGUAAUAGAAAACGCCGGCAGAGACGACGACGACGACGACGACGAAGAAGGAGGAAAAAGACAAUCGAACGUUCGACAAAAAUGGACGCCGAAAGUGUGCACUCAAUGUGGCAAGCAAUAUCGAACGAAUUACAAAUUGCAGGAACACAUGAGAAAGCACACGGGAGAAAAACCUUUUCAAUGUUUACUUUGCGAAAAAGCAUUUCGCAGUAAAAUCGGAUUAGCUCAACACACAGCGACGCACACCGGUGAAUUUGACUACAAUUGUUCCACUUGUGGCAAAGGUUUUCAGUGCAAAAGUUACCUUAUUGUGCAUCAGCGAGUCCACUCCGAUUUGAAACCGUAUCCUUGCGACACGUGUGGACAAAAUUUCAAAACGAAACAAUCACUUUUAGAUCAUCAAAAUCGCCAUAUGGGAGUCAAACCUUACAUGUGCGAGAUUUGCGGGCGAGGUUUUAUCACCAAAGGUUUAUGCAAGAGUCACCAGAAAAUACACUCGGGAAAAGACAAUCGUCAAUAUCCCUGCGAAGUUUGCAACAAAAUGUUCGUGAGCAAAAGCUAUUUGAAUACUCACUUAAGAAUUCACACCGGUGAAAAACCUUAUUUGUGUGAGGUUUGCGGCAAGGGGUUUUUAACGAGAGUUGAUCUUAAAAUACACUCGACUAUGCACACCGGAGAAAAGAGUUUCAAGUGCGAAAUGUGCGGCAAAGUAUUUGCGAGACGCGCAGCUUUGCGUUGUCAUCGUCGAUCGCACACCGGCGAACGUCCCUACCGAUGCGAUGUUUGCGGCAAAACCUUCACUCAAUUUAGUCCAAUGGCCAUUCACAAGCGUCUUCACACCGGCGAACGACCCUACGAAUGUGAUGUUUGCGGCAAAGCUUUUGUUUCACGAUCCACCAUGAUGUGCCACAGAAAAAAACAUCAUUUACCCUUAACGUCAACCUCCAAAGAAUCGUUGACCAACUCCGAUAUUACGAAUGUCAAAAAUAUUCUACCUACCGAUACUGGCCUUAAAGAGGCUCAAGAUUCUGUACAAAUAAAUGCCCUUUAAAUCCCGUAACCUUGAAACUUUGACAGUUGGAAUGUAACGAAAUGUCUCAGUUUUUUUCGAUCUCUAACAUUGUUUCUUUUACGAAUGAAAAGCGUUCUCGAACCGCUUCUAUCUCAUGAUCAUACGUUUUUACAAAACUCAAUUAGGAAAUCGAUUUCGUUGGAUGUUUACUUGAAAAAAUAUUGUGAUUUUACACCAAAUAUUUGAGACAGUUAAUUCAUUGAGUAUUUUGAAACUACCAUUUAAAUAACAUUCGGCCAAGAGUGGGAGGCCAUUAGGAAAAGACUCGCCAAACGUGUUAAUUUGUCACAUGAGUUUCUGCAUGAAACCAUGUAAUCAACUUAGGCAAAAAAUCGUCAAAAUUUUGAAAAUUACAUAAAAAAAAUAAAGAAAAUCUGUUUUCUUUGCAUUCUAACAUUAAAACUUAUAUAAGAUUUGAAUGACCUCAAAGUACCACCAAUGGGCUUUAUAUAUACUCUUGAACAUAAAUAAUCUGAGCCUCCAUUCUAUGUAAAUCUAUUUCUCAAUAUUGCUACUCAUGUAGUUGGCAAUUAAAUCCUUCUGAGCCAUCUUUUCAGUUGAAAAGAUAAAUCAAAAAAUCCCGCUUGUAAUAAUUAGGAGCAUUUUGUCACAGCCUAUGACCAUUUGAUUAUUAUUUUCAAAUACAUUUUCCUCUGUUGAAUACUGCGAGGUUGUGAAACAUUUUAAUCAUUCAAGAUCGUAAUGAAUGAUGGUUCCUCAUUAUCGAAUAAUACAAAGGAAUUAAAGUUUCUUAAGAAAGAAGCAGAUUUUUCUCCCAAUCACCGGAUUAUUGGAGGCCUUCAAACCAUUUAACGACUUAGUUCAAAUAUUUGAAACGCAUAAAACGAGCCUGAAAAAAAACACGCUGUCGACCAGAACAAAUUUUAAAUAAAAAAACAUUGUUCAUUUUUGUAAAAAAAUACUCGAAAGUUGGCGAUGUUUUUCUCUCUAAUUUUGAAGAUGUUCGGAGCUCAUUUCUGAAACAACGUUGAUAAUCAGUGUAAAUAGGAGAGCUAAAUAAAUAUACAAUGUUAUACACAGUUUUAAGAUACCGAGAAAAAAAAAUCAUCUUCGUAUUGCGAGAGAACACAUUUUAUGAAUAUUUAUUCGGUAAACGUAUUGCUAUGGUUUUCAUCUCUUGUAUCAUUGUGAUGAAUAAAUUGUCUUUCAUAGACCA